AUUAAUGUUAUGUGAAUAUUUAAUGAACUAUUGUAUAUCAGGUUAAAUAUACUUUUUAUAUGUACGUGAAAGUCGUAGUUUAAAAAUAAAGUUAUUAAAACAUCAUGACAACAUAUAGUAAAUCGUUAAAUAUGAAAUGUAUUUUCAUUACAUCAUUAAUAAUCGAGGUUAUGUUUAUAUCGAUAUAACAAUGUGCGGAAUAUUCUGUAACAUUUCACAAAAUCAUGCAAAAAUUUCACAUGAGUGGGAAGCUUGUAAAAAUUUAUUAAAUGCUCGUGGUCCUGAUAGAAUAAUUGAAAAAGCUGAAAAUUUAACGCCCAAUUGGUUUGGACACUUUGUUGCUUCUAUAUUAUGGAUGCAAGGUUCUAAUUUGAUUGAACAACCUGCUAUAGAUUGUAAUGGUAAUAUUCUUCUUUGGAAUGGAGAUAUAUUUUUUGGAAACUUGGCUCAAGAUAAUACAUGUGAUACUAACAUAUUACUAAAUACUUUACAAUUAUCUUCAAAUAUAUUAUCAGUAUUUAAAGAAAUCCAAGGUCCAUAUAGUUUUAUAUAUUUUCAGAAAACCAAUAAUCUUUUAUAUUUUGGAAGAGAUAUUAUAGGAAGACAUAGUUUACUUUUAAAAGUAAAUACUGAUGAAAAUAUUUUAACUUUGACAUCUGUUGCCAGUAAACAAAUAAAUAAAAUUAUAGAGAUUCCUGCAAUUGGAAUUUUUGUUAUGAAUUUAACUAAUUUAAGAAUAAAUCUUGCAUGUUAUCCAUGGAAAGAACCAGAUUUGCGAUUUACAGAUAUUAUUGAGACAUUAGAAACACAUUUGGGUAUAGACAUUGAUAUUAAAAAAACUAUAUUAAAAUCAGAUGGAUUGACAUAUCUACAUUUACAUCCUCAUAUUAAAGAUUUGGAAUAUUUAGAAAAUAGCCCUUAUUUAGAGAAUUUUUGUAAAAUAUUAGAAUAUUUAUUAAAAAAUGAAGAUAUUCAUAAAAGAGUUGAGCAUUUGUUGCAACUUCUUUAUAAAGCUGUAGAAGUUAGAAUAAAAAAACAGCCAAAAUUUUGUAAAACAUGUAUUAAAUUAGUUUUAAACAAAGAAAAUAUUAUAUGCAAUCAUUCAAAAAUAGGUGUACUAUUUUCUGGAGGCUUGGAUUCUGCUAUUUUAACAUUAAUUGCUGAUAAAUACAUAUCACAAAAUGAACCUAUUGAUUUAAUUAAUGUUGCAUUCGAAAAGUUAAUUAAUACUUCUAAAAAAUCUAAUAAUGGAAAUAAUGAAAAACAAGAUAUGGAGAACCAAUAUGAUGUUCCAGAUAGAAAAACUGGAAAACAAACAUUUUUAGAACUUACAAAAAUUUGCCCAAAACGAAAAUGGAAUUUUAUAGAAGUAAAUGUCAGCCAGGCAGAAUUACAAAAGUAUCGUUCAUCCCAUAUUUGUAAUUUAUUACAUCCAUUAUGUACUAUAUUGGAUGAAAGUUUAGGUUGUGCUGUUUGGUUUGCAAGUCGCGCAAAAGGUAUAAUCCAUUCGGGUACUGAUAUUUAUGAAUCCCCAUGUAGAGUACUUCUCUUAGGUAUGGGUGCAGAUGAAUUAUUCGGUGGAUAUAUGAGACACAGAACAAUAUUAAGACAUAAAGGUUGGGAUGCAUUAACUCAAGAAUUAAAUAUUGAAUUAGCUAGAAUUUCUGAAAGAAAUUUAGGUCGUGAUGAUCGUAUUGUAUCAGAUCAUGGAAGACAAUCUAGAUUACCAUAUUUAGAUGAAAAUAUAGUGGAAUAUGUUCAAAAAUUAAAACCUUGGGAAAGGUGUUAUCCAACAGAUAAAAUGCCAUCAGGCUUAGGAGACAAAUUACUUUUACGUUUGGUAGCAUAUAAACUUGGUUUCCGAAACACUGCUAAUUUUCCUAAAAGAGCUUUCCAAUUUGGAUCUCGAAUUGCUAAUGGCAAGGAAAAUGCUAAAGAUAUAUCAUAUCGUUUAUAAAAUAAUGAGAACAAAAAUAUAUGGAUUUUCAGUUUCACUAAUUUUGGUUUAAAAA